AUGCGGUCUUUCAAGCCUGAGGAUGAAUAUCCGAAGCUCCACUAUGCCAACUCCCACAAAAGCGUCGCCGAAAUUGUUGAAGAAGAGUUCGUUCCGGGAACCGUCCACCUCGUGGAUCUUGCCGGUAUAUUGAAUGUUAAGCAUAACGAUGGGGUAGGAGGCAAGAAAGAUGUGGUGCUUAUCCCACAGCCCAGUUCAAACCCCAAUGACCCGCUCUCAUGGUCUCGCCGAAAGAAGGAGUGGCAGUUCUGCUUACUCUGGAUCUGGGCCUUUUUGGAGGCGGCCUCGGUAAACUGGGCAGGGCCCGUUUGGGAAACUUGGACGAUCCAAUUCAAUUGUACCUUCUUUCAACUCAAUAUAUCGUCAGCGUCAUGCUUUCUCUUCUUGGGAUUGGGGUGUGUAUUUCUUCAACCCACCGCUAUGAAGUUGGGGCGCCGUUUCGUGUACCUCUGUGGGACAGUUUUGAUAAUUGUUGCCAAUAUUAUUGGGUCUCAGGCAAAUACGGUUCAGGUGUUGUACGCGGUGAAUAUCAUUUCGGGGAUCGCCGCUGCCCCUGUCGAUUCGUUGGUGCAGAUUUCCACUACUGACGUUUUCUUCCAGCAUGAAAGAGCCACCAGAUUAUCGCUUCUCACCUUUGCUCUUUACGCUGGCUCGUACUUGGGCCCAGUUGCGUGCGGGUACAUUGUCGAAAAACAGAGCUGGAGAUGGUGCUACUAUUACCAAAUCAUCUUCUUCGGUGUCAUCUUGGUGAUCCAGCUUUUCUGUAUGGAAGACACCACUUUCAACCGACCAACCACCGCUCUUGAAGAUGAGCAAGAGAUCUUACGCCAGGUGGUGAGUAGCAUCCAUGAGCUAUCCGUCGUAGGCGAGGAAACGGGAAUCGAUGAGAAGUUGGGGUCCAAGGUCCAUCAAGACGACGCAUCCUCUCCGGAUGAGGACGUAUCGGCAAAUAAGUCCCUUAAAAGAACUUACUGGCAAAGAAUGCACCUUAUUGAGAGGGAAUACACGGAUCCCCGUUCCUGGUUUGUCAUUUUCUACCGCCCUGUGCUCACCGCUUGCUUUCCCGCCAUUGUUUGGGGCGGGGUUGUGUAUGGGGUUCAGAUUAUGUGGCUUUCACUUCAAGCCACCACCCAAUCUCUUAUUUAUUCGGCUCCUCCUUUCAACUUCUCCACCUCAAAUGUUGGUAACACAAACUUCAGCUCGUUGAUCGGGGCUGGCUUUGGUAUGGUAUUUGGGGGCCAGUUCUGUGACUGGUUGACGGUGUAUUUGGCUCGUCGCAACAACGGUAUCAUGGAACCAGAGAUGCGUCUCUGGUGCAUGCUAGGACCAGCUUUUAUUAACUCGGCCGGUCUACUUCUCUACGGGUUGGGAGCGGCCUAUGGGGCCCAUUGGUUUGUGUCUGCUGGUUUGGGAAUGGCCUUUAUAGGCUUUGGGAUCGGCUCUGGGGGUGCGAUCACCUUGACGUACGCUAUCGAUUGCUACCCAGAUAUGGCAAGCGAAAGUUUGGUGUUUAUGUUGUUUGUGCGUAACAUGGUGGGGUGCGGUUUCACCUUUGCCAUUCAGCCUUGGUUGGAUCGUUGCGGUUUGAAGCUCACUACCUGGCUUAUGUUUAUGCUCUCUAUGGUUUUCAACCUCAGCUUUUUGAUCUUCACAAAGUGGGGGAAGCAGUUCAGAAGACAAACGAAGGAUAAGUAUAAGAAGUUUUCGAACCCCGAUUUCACUUGGUGA